UCUGGCGCAGUCUGUGACGUGCCGGAGGCGUUUGGCGGGAAACACGAAACCUUUGCUGAGCGGCGGCGAGAGAGAGAAAGCCAUCGGUGCCCGCAAUUGAGGAUGCCAGCUGAGAGAAAGCCAAUGCGAUAUGCACACCCCGAGGGAUACACUGGUGUUUGUUUUGAUGAAACAGGAAGAUAUAUUGUAACUGGAGGUAGUGAUGGUGAUGUAAGAAUCUGGGAAAGUUUAGAUGACGAUGAUCCCAAAUCAAUCAAUGUUGGUGAUAAAGUUUACUCACUUGCUCUCCGGAAUGGAAUGCUUGUUACCACUGUUUCUAACAACAUUGUUCAAGUAAAUUCAUUCCCUGAUGGUUCCCCAGAUGGAAUUUUAACUCGCUUCACUGCCGAAGCAAACCACGUUGUUUUCAAUAACAAUGCAACUACUGUUGCUGCUGGAUCCAGUGAUUUUAUGGUAAAGAUCAUUGAUGUUAAAGACAAUAGUCAACAGAAGACAAUUCGAGGUCAUGAUGGUCCUAUUCUCAGUGUGGCUUUUGACCCAAAGGAUGUGUAUCUGGCUUCCUCCAGCUGUGAUGGAUUAGUAUGUAUUUGGAAAAUAUCUGAUCAGACACUUGCAUCCAGUUGGCCAUUGCUAACCAAGUUCAAUGAGGUGAACCGUGCUACAUCCAUCUGUAGACUUGAGUGGCAACCAAAGUCUGGAAAGUUCUUGGCUGUUCCAGUCGAAAAAGUUGUAAAACUGUAUGAAAGAGAAUCCUGGGAAAAUGUUGCCGAUCUUUCAGAUGACAGCAUUACGAUGCCAUUAAAUGUUGUAUCAUGGUCUCCAUGUGGUGAUUAUGUAGCUGCUGGGAGUAUUGAUGGAUCCAUGGCAGUAUGGAAUGUACAGACGAAAAAAUGUAUAGAAAGAUUGCGGCAUGAGAAGGCUUAUCGAAUAUGUGCAAUGGCAUGGCACCCUUUGAAAGGAAAUCUAGCUUAUACGGAUUCUGAAGGAAAUUUGGGGAUGUUUGAAGGGAUUUGGGCAGAUGUUAGCAGUAAAGGAUUGACUUCGCAUUCCACUGCUACUACAGUGAGUGAUUUAUUUGAUGAAGAAAGUGGUGACUUGACAACAAAAGAAACCUAUCUGUCACAGCCAUCACCAAUAAGGCAUCCAUUAGCAGAUGAUGAUGAUGAAGAUGACGAUGUGAUGGGCAUAGUCAACCGGUCUCGAUAUCAUCGGGCAAUUGAAGAUGAUAACUCGCAUGAUAUUGGAUCUCCCAUCCAUCUAGGUAAAGUGGCUGAUGACGAUGACGACCAUGCUAGUAUUGCACAAGCAGCACCAGUUUCUGUUGGAUACACUGGACCAUUGCCAACACCAAAGCAAAAGCCUUUUCAACCGUGUUCCACACCAUCUCACCUCUCACAUAGGUUCAUGGUGUGGAAUUCCAUUGGUAUUAUUCGCUGCUACAGUGAUGAUCAAGAUAAUGCUAUAGAUGUAGAAUUCCACGAUACCUCUAUACACCACGCAAUUCAUUUGAGUAACUUUCUUAAUCAUACCAUGGCAGAUUUAUCACAUGAAGCGGUGCUGUUGGCCUGUGCAAAAUCUGAUGAACAUCCCAGCACACUGCAGUGUAUCCACUUCAACUCCAGGGACACAAAUAAAGAAUGGAUGGUUGAUCUGGCAGACAAUGAAAACAUUGAAGCUAUCUGUCUUGGUCAAGGUUGGGCUGCUGUUUCAACAAGUGCUCUAAUUGUUCGUAUAUUCAGCAUUGGUGGUAUCCAAAAGGAACUCUUCAGUCUACCAGGGCCUGUGGUCUCCAUGUCAGGACACGGGGAACAGCUAAUGAUCUCUUAUCAUCAAGGCACCGGAUUUGAUGGAGAUCAGUGUCUUGGGGUCCAACUUAUGGAACUGGGAAAAAGAAGGUCACAGGUUCUCCAUGGUGUUCCCCUUCCUUUAAGUAGAAAGUCAUAUCUGACGUGGCAGGGCUUUUCUGCUGAAGGAACUCCAGCAUUUGCAGAUUCGGAUGGGAUAGUACGAAUGUUGAACAGAUCUCUAGGGAUGACCUGGAUUCCUAUUUCUAACACUAGGGACCAUUGCAAGAGCAAGUCUGAUCAUUACUGGGUGAUCGGUAUCCAUGAAAACCCUCAACAACUCAGAUGCAUUCCAUGCAAAGGAGCAAAGUUUCCACCAACACUUCCUCGUCCCACUGUAACAGUCCUACCACUGAAACUUCCCUAUUGUCAGACUACUUCAGAAAAAGGACAAAUGGAGGAGCAGUACUGGCGAUCUGUUUUGUUUCAUAACCAUUUUGACUAUUUGGAAGCAAAUAACUAUGAAUUCGAUCUAGCUGCGGAAAACCAAGCAGUGAAGGAACAGCAGGAACUGCUUAUGAAAAUGUUUGCUUUAUCUUGCAAGGUUGAUCGUGAAUUUCGUUGUGAAGAGCUUUCGGAGUUUAUGACCCAGAAUGUCUUAAGUCUGGCUAUCAAGUAUGCUUCACGUUCAAAACGUCUAACGCUUGCACAGCGCCUCAGUGAUCUGGCGCAGGAGAAAGCUGCGACACUGACUGCAGUACAGGAGGAGGAUACGGAAUUAAAUACUGGUUACAGUAGACCAGUUACUGGAUAUAAUUCACCCCACAUGCAACCUUCAGCUCAAAGUUGCAUUCAGAAUACAGGAGGAGGAAAUGACGAAGGUGUACAGAACGAUGCAGAAGAAGAUGGUGUCUCUGGAUUGGAUCCUGAGGAACGACUUCAUGCAAAUAGAAGAUUAAAUCCAUUUAGUAAAGAUCUUGACUCUCUGGAAAAAAUAACUACAAAAUCUGUAGCUCUUACAAGCAAUAUUCUUGCACGUGGCAAUCCCUUUAAGGUGACAUCUGGUGGCAUAACUCCUGGACUACCUGGAGCUCAAACUCGUAACACCAACAUUCUAGAUAGCAUGGUGAAAACUAAUAAAAGAUCAACAAACAACAACAAUCAAUCUACAAAUAAGGAAAAAUCGACAGUCCUGAAGCCUCUGAUGUCAAAGUUAAAGACAAAACAGACCCAGGCUACACUCUUCCAAACAACCACCCCCAAGUCCAGCAGUACAAUUACGGAAGAUAAACCUAUUGAGGCUAAGCCUGUACAAACAGUUAAUCCAGAGAGCAAAGUUACAGAUAACAAAAAGCCAAAGAAAACAGGUUUCCAACUUUGGUUGGAGGAAAGCCGAGAUAAUAUUAUUGCUGAAAGUCCGGAUUUGACAGAAGAAGAAAUAAUUAAAGAAGGCAUGAACAGAUUCCGCAUUCUAUCUGCUGAGGAAAGGAAGGCCUGGACAGAGAGGGCUAAAAGUGCUACCAAUACUGUGCCUGAUACAGAGGUUAAAAAACGCAAGCGUACAGAAGAGCAGGGUGUGAAUGAACUAGAAGACAGAAAGGAAAAUUCUGAAGAAUCUGAUGCUUCUGCCAAAAAGAAGAAACCGGAACAUCCAACUGUGAAUUCAAGACUGUCUGCCUUUGCUUUCAAAAAGGACUAACGAUGCUGUAAAUUGUUUCAACAUGAUCUGAACAUAAUAGAAUCUUAUUUGUAAAUUGCAUUUAUUAAAUUUAAGUUUGGACAAGCUUGAGUUAUAAAUGUUCUUGAAAAUGAACUUUGUUGCAUUGGGGAUAUUUAAUAUCUCUUUUAUUAAGUUUACAUUUACAACAUGCAUUGGGUUUAUCACUUGUGGCAGUUCUGCUGUUCAGUCAAAUGGUGUUCUACUCAAAAGCGGAUAGUUUAUGGUGGGGUUUAAGGUAGCUGUUUUGGCUGCAAGUGAAGAGGACCUGCAAUCAGUUACCUAUCAGAGAUAGUGUGCAAUAGUAAGUAAGUGAGUGGAAGGUCAUGUGACAGGUGAAUCAAAUUAAUUUUGACUGCAACAACUUUCUUUGAUGAAGAUUAUGGCACUAGUAAUACUUCUGUGUUGUAGAGUUUAUUAUGAAUAAUAUAGCAAUAAAUUUUCGAUAUUGCGUUGUUCCAAAAGGGUAAAUUGUAAAUUUUAUUUGAAUACUCCUUUU